GAAAUGUUACUUAUUGUUAACCAAACUUGGUAGUGAGCUGUAUUAUAUUAAACCUGAUCUCCUACAUACAGUAUAUGAUUAGUUGAUGACCUGUUGUUUAUUUUAUGUUGCUUAUGUGUACUUUCAAUUUUGUAGGUAGACCAGUACACGAAACAACAGGGAGAGGAACCCAACAAUCAAAAAUUCAAUUAAAUUGGACUCUGUCCGAAUUAAACAAUUUUGUCUGCCAAUGCUACCCAACUGUGAAUUUAAACUUAAUAGGUUUUCAUUUGGCAAGAGCAGGAAAAGGACGGAACAUAGAAAAAGUGCAUGCAAAUAGUGUGAAAGACCUAAAAAAAAGAGCAAUUGGAAAGAGCAGGCUCUAUAUAGUCCCAAGAGCUGAAGUUUCACAGGUGAUGACACCAUCCACAGCCAUUCCCCAGAACUCACAACAACCAUCCAAUACUACAGCACUUGAUGAAACCUCCUUCAAUGCUGAGACUACAGAAUCUGUAAAUCUGCAUGAGUGGCGAGCUAUACGUUCCCAGCAAGAUGAAGAAUAUAAUGCUUCUUUGUUGGCAGAUAUAGAAAAGGACAGAAGGAGGCACUGCUAUGAGGUUCUGGAAGAAAAGCGCAAGAAGGCCAUUGAGGAAAGACGCCAGCGAAUUGCCAUUCGUGUUGAACCUCUAGAUGGAGAAUUUCUGAAAGUCAAAUAUCCAAAGGGAGAUUUGAUUAAGAGGAAGUUCAUCAUGGCUGAUCUAAUUCAAGGCCAUGAGAAAGACAGGAGUUUGGCUCUAGACAUUCAAGCUUUGGAGACUACGCUGUAUGCAUCAGUGGGGAAGAUGAUUGCUUUGUGUGUCACCCAUGGAGGAGUUGGACCACAUUUCUUCUCUGAAAGGCUUUUUCAGCAGAUCUGUGGUGUGCCAACAUCCCCUGCCUCAGUGGAUGAGAUUGGAGAUCAUACAUUGAGGGAGCAACUAAUCAAGAUACAGGAAGCAACAACUGUUCUGGAGGCAAAUUGUGCCAUUACAGAAGCAGCAGACAGCUUAAGUAUCAUUGGUGCCUUGAUAUAUACAUCAAGCCUGACAGGAAGGAACUCUCUUGUCCAGUCAGCUGCAGAGUUCUUUGUGAAUGGAAGGCUACGAGCUGCCUUGGACCAGUUUUCAGAAGGGUUGCAAACUCUCGGUUUGCUGGAAGAGAUGCAGAAAUAUCCUUUUUUAUGUGAGCUUCUCCCCACAAGGGAGCAACAGAAGGGCAAAGGAAAACCAGACUGUAUGCCACUGGUUGAUUCAACUGGAGAGGGAGAGAGUGAUGCAGUCACUCUUGAGAGAAUAAUGGAAUUUGCCACUGGAGCCUCCACAGUGCCACCCCUGGGUUUCCCCCACCGCCCAGAAUCUUUCCAGAGGCUAAUACUUGCCUCAUUAUAUUACGACUGCCAAUACACAAAGAAUAUGAAAUGUUCAAGACCUACAUGA